AUGGCUGGCAAUUUUAGUCUUGUUGAUAGGCAACUUCAGCUAUCGACUUUUAAGAUUGUUAAUGUCAAUGGUAAUGGAGGAAGAGGAAGAGCAGUUGGGUAUUGGACACCGGAAAUUGGAAGGUUAGUGAAGCAAUUGAAUUCAACAAACAGUAGUAAUGUUUCAGCUUUCAAUUGUGAUGCUCUUGGACCCAUUAUAUGGCCGGGAGAGUCAUUAUCCGUUCCCAAAGGAUGGGAGAUCCCGGAAAAUGGUACGAAGUUGAGAAUUGGAGUUCCAGUGAGGAAUGGUUUUACGGAAUUUGUUAAAGUAACACCAAAUUUGAGAACUUUAACCACUGACGUUACCGGGUUCAGUAUUGAUGUGUUUAAGGCUGCAGUGGAAUUGUUACCAUAUGCACUUCCUUAUGAGUUGAUUCCCUAUGCAUAUCCUAAUGGCACCAGCACUGGCACUUAUAAUGAUUUAAUCUAUCAAGUAUACCUUGGGAAUUUCGACAGUGUGGUCGGAGAUGCAACAAUUAGAGCAAACAGAACAUUAUAUGUGGACUUUGCAAUGCCAUAUACGGAGUCUGGUGUAGUGAUGGUUGUGCCAAUCAUAGACAGCAGAACCAAAAAUGCAUGGGUUUUUUUGCAUCCUUUAACAUGGGACCUUUGGAUGACUACUUUGGGUUUUUUCAUCUUUAUUGGUUUUGUGAUUUGGGUGCUUGAACACCGAAUUAAUGAAGAAUUCCGUGGUCCUCCUUCACAUCAAGUUGGCACAAGCUUUUGGUUCUCUUUUUCAACUAUGGUUUUUUCACAUAGGGAGAGAGUGGCGAGCAACCUGGGAAGAUUUGUGAUGAUUAUAUGGGUAUUAGUUGUGCUGAUAGUGACACAAAGCUACACUACUAAUCUAGCAUCACUAUUAAUUGUCCAACAACUCCGACCACCUGUCAACGAUAUAAAAGAUCUUCGAAGGAAUGGUGAUAACGUGGGCUACAUGAGGGGUGCUUUUGUUUAUGAUCUCUUAAAAGAAGUAAAGUUUGAUGAUGCCAAGCUCAAGGCUUAUGGAUCUAUGGAAGAAAUAGAUGACGCUCUUUCAAAAGGGAGUGCAAAUGGUGGUAUUGCUGCAAUUGUUCAUGAAACCCCGUACAUGAAGCUACUCAUUGCAAAAUAUUGUUCCAAGUAUACUAUGAUUGGACCAAUAUUUAAAACCGAUGGCUUUGGCUUCGCAUUUCCAAAAAAUUCCCCUCUUGUAUCUGACAUUACACAAGCAAUCCUAAAUUUGACGGAUGAUGGAUUAAUGACAAAGAUUGAAGAUAAAUGGAUCAAGAAAGAUAAUAACUGUAAAGACUCUAAUGGGAAUUUUUCUAGCAAUGCUCUUGGUCUUGAGAGCUUUUGGGGCCUUUUUUUAAUUGCAGGGAUAGCGUCAAUAUUUGCUCUAAUCAUAUUUGUAACUUCCUUCUUGUACGAGCAUAAGCAUGUCAUGAUACACCCUGAUUCAGGCACCUCUAAGUCAAAAAGGAUCAAAACCAUGUUUGAGAUCUUCAACGAAAAAAAACUCAGCUCUCAUACAUUUAGAAGCAGCCAACAUUCAGACAGUGGUGUUAGUGCUAAAGAUCAUGAAGUGAAAGUUUCACCAAAUAACAACUCGCCAGAACAUCCACAGAGCUAUACCAACCACACCGAUGCGACUUCUGUAUUUUCUCUGGAACAAGAAACACUGUCUCAUGGUCAAGCAUCUCUGGAAACCAUUCCAACUAUUGAGCUUGCCAUCACUAUUCAAGAAACCCAUGAAACUCUUGAUACAACUCGAUCAAGAGCAUAA